AUGGGGAACGUCUUUACAAGAGCGCCCACGGUCUUUGGCUUUGAGGUGGCAUUAUGGAUUCUUGCGCUACAACCCAACGGCGUUGCCGCUUGGAACGAUCAUUACGACGAAGAAGAUGAUGCAAUGGUUAUUCGAAUCUUCUUCCCAAUCAUCGCCACUUUGAUUCUCCUGUGCGUCGGUUCCUGCGCUUACGCCAACUACUUCAAGAGCAGCGUCAACAUCGCCGAAGACGAGGACGAAAACCAGCAGCACGAAGAUAUUUACACGCUGAACAAGCCGGACCGGCCUUAUCUGACGCCCUUCUAUCAGCGGAGGACAUUCCAAUCAGCUCCACCAGCGUACGACAAUCACGCUUUCCGUCCUGGUCAGGGAGCACCGACCGCGCCAAACGGCAUGACAGUGCCGACGCCCGGUGCCAAGCUCGUGACGCAACCGACGAAUAUCUACCAAGGCCAUCAGCCGCGCUUUAUGCAGCAGCAGCAACCCAAUCCGUACGGCCAGGUUAAUCACUAUGGACAAAAUCCUUAUGCACAGAAUCCUUACCAACAACAGCAAGCGCCUCUUCGAUCUUACAGCUUCCACGUUCCUCAGCAGAACUCAUACGAAGCUUAUGGAAACAACGGUUCCGCGUUUGAUAGGUCGAAGUCUUUCGGCGAAUACAACCAGAAUAACAAGGAUCACAGCAGCUUCAAUAACGGAAGAUCUAGUCCUAUUCAGUCGACGAAAUCAGCUCCAGCAGCUUUCCCAAGAAACAACCUCCGUCGAACUUUCUCCUCCCCGAAUCUUUCGCCUGGUGGAUCUCGCGAUUUUAACGCCUUUGAUCAGAAUAAUGGCCAGGAUAAUGUCGGUUUCAAUAUGUCGCACAGGCAUAGUGUCAAUUAUGGCUCUCGGUAUAAUUACAAUCAGCGUGGAGCCUCAAGUCCAGCAUCCUCAAGCUCGUCCUACAUUCCAGCUGCCUCCGAAGUGGGCUCCACAGCACCGCUCUUUGGGCGUCGACGCUCGCCAGGGCAAAGCAACGUUUACGAAAGCCACAAUCCCGUCUCCUCCCGCGCGGCCAGCCACUACGGAGGCACCCAAAGCCAAUACGGCGGUUCCACACAGGACUAUUACCAGCAGCAGCAACCGCGGCGAUCCUACGAAAUGGAAGACAUUUACGGUCAACGCGGCAACGGAAUGGGCCGCUACGCGCAGCACAAUAAUCCCGCCUUCAACAAUAACCAGUUCAACAAUUACAACCAGCAGCAGCAAGCUCCACAAGAAGCGUAUGAUCCUUAUAAUCAACAAAAUCCACAGCAAAACUUUUAUAGCCAACAACAGAACGCACAAGCGUACGAAGACAUGUCCGCGCCACCUCAAUACAAUCAACUACAGCAAGGCCAUCAGCAGAACCAGGGCCAGGAAAACUACGCCUACGACCCCUACAACGAUCCCUACAAUUCGCGUGGCCACCACUUACCGGGACAAUAA